AUGAUUUCUUUUGAGUUGUCGCCAGAGGUCCGGAAGUGCAUUUCCGGGGCCAAUCUCCAACCUGACGAAAAGACCGUUUUGCUUGCGCAGACGAAUAUCUCCCAUGAGAAUCUCUACGCGCUAUAUACGCGUGUGAAGCCGACGGCGACGUUCCUCCAGUUCGUGAAGCAAACAAAGUUGGUGGUGGCCAACAGGAACAUCACAGAAGUGAAGCCUAAAACGAAGGAAUUCGAGGAAUCCAUGGCUCGGUUGAAGCUCCUCGAGAUGGAGAGCGAGUACCAGCGCCUUGUGAAGCCUAAGCCGACGUUUGGCGCUCUUUACGAGGAUAAAAUCGAUGAGGAACCGUACAAUCCAGCACAGGCACAUAAAGAGGUAAAGAGUCAUAUCACCACGAUGUUCAACAUUUUGAUCAGUGUGGCCAGUGUAGUGUAUGCCAUCUGGUAUUGGACAAAUACUUCUUGGAGGUUGAGGGAUAGCUAUAGGGUGCUUCUCUGUCUCUUCUUUGGAAUACUCAUUCUCGUGGCAGAGGUCGUGGUGUAUAUUGGCUACUUAAAUAAAAUCGAGGCUGCGCGGGUGAAGGAGAGGCAGAAGAAGGAGGUGAAGCGCGUGGUCAGAAGCUACCAGCUCAAUUAG